AUGCCGAUAUCCCCUCUAAUGCGUAAAGAAGCUGUCAGACAGUCCAUGGUCUGGAUCCUCCUGUGCUUCACUGUGGCUUUCAUCCCGCCUGUCAUGGAGGUCUCGGAGCUGGUGGUCCGAGAGACCUCUAACGACUAUAAGCGCGCUUUGUUUAUGCGAAACGUCAGCGCCGCCUGCAUGUACCUCGGCUGGCUAUCCUAUCUCCACAUGACGGCGCUACCCAUACUCAUACUCGCCACGCUGACGCUCAUACUCAUCUUCAGAUGGGUGUGGAUAUUCGUCGCGUUCCUGUUCGUGGCUACCUAUAUCACUGUGAUGGCUAUGACGGCAUUCAUCGUGUGUAUGUUUCAAAGAAAAUCCCACAUCGCAGCGAUCUGGUCAGCACUGUUCACGUUUCUCCAACUGUUUUUGGCGGACUUGCUGGUGCAUCAUGGGUUCGAUGGCACCACCAGCUUUACCAUCCUGCUUCAUAUACUGCUGCCGCCUCUGGGGCUAAUCCAUGGCUUCAAUGAUUUCGCCUUGCUGCAGACUGGACGCGGAGGUCUCCACCACACCAAAGUAUACGAGAACCACACUCUGAUCAUCUGGAUGAUGAUGAACCUCGCGUACUUCAGCCUGCUGAUACUGUUGCAACGCACCAUCGGGAACGACCGCGCAGUGGGCGGCCAGGUCUCGUGGCGGUCCAUCAUCUUCAAGCAGGCUGAGGAUAGGAAUAAGCUACGAACCAUACAGGGCCUCCUCGGCAAUGAGCGCGAGGCGCUACAAGAGGUGGACGAGCUGACUGCAAAAGCCAUCUCUUUCAAUAACGUCUCUAAGAGUGUUAUGGGCAUUAAUGUGCUCCGGAGAGUGACUCUAGACGUGUACCGCGGCGAAUACACGACGUUCUUCGCAGAGAAGAUUCAAGAACGUAUGCUGCUUAGGAUUGAGGAUCUUAUUACUGGUUUAACCCUCCCGGAUGAGGGUACGGUUAACAUGCUGGGAAACGACAUGGCUGUCCUCUGGAAAGCGGGCAAACGAGUCGCCGCCAUGCCUGGCAUGCUCGGCUACUGCCAUCGCAUAGGCUUCCUCGUUGGCGAGCUUAACGUGCAAGAGACUUUGAGGUUCUUUAUUCAGUUAUGCCUCUGGGACCAAAGCGACGAGGAAAUCGAAAGCUACAUCGUCAUCCACGGGCCGAGGUUGUACAACGAAUGCGACUUGCAAGAGGUUCGCGAAGUGUAUGUGCGGAACCUGGGGAACUACUAUAGGGCACAACUGUGCUGGGCCAUCGCUAUCUUACUGGAGCCACGCAUCGUGUAUAUACAAUCGUUUACUGAUGGGGCAAAAUACAUCUCAGUGGUCAAUGACAAAAUUGUGAAAUACAGAACGCACCUGACGAUAAUAAAGGCGACGUAUACGACGUUAGCACUGGAGCAUUCGGACCGCGUGUUUCUGUUCGACAGGAAACUGCUCGUGUUCGGGGGGUCGCCAGCUUACAUGUUCUUUAAAUAUGGCUAG